AUGGAAAAACGCGAUCUUUUGCGUGAGGCUGCCAAACGUCCUUUGGAUGACGCAGCAAAAGAAAGAAGACAAAGAAAAACUCUCAGUUUGCUGGAACAAGAUAAUCAUAUUGAAGAACCCCAUUCAGAUGUAAAAGGAACCAAAAGACCUCAAUUUGGGGAUGAGGACGAAGAUAUUUCAAACAACAAGCGCCGGAAAAAGCGACGCAUUUCGAAUAUUCGUUCACGUUGUAGAAAGACGUUUGAAAUUUUACUGGACGAAGAAUAUCAGGCAACGAAAGGUGGAACUACUGGUGCCUGUUAUUUUACCGCCGCUGCUCCUCCGACUAGGCUACCUAAGAGGAAGUUUUGUAAUGUCUGUGGGUUUAAAGGUCUAUAUAACUGUAUAGUUUGCGGUCUACCAUACUGCAGUAGGAAGUGUUAUGAAAUACAUUCAGAUACACGGUGUAUGAAAUGGGUUGCUUAG